AUGUUCGGUUCGAGGUCCCAGGACAAGCUCAUGGACCAGAUCUUCAACCUGAAGUUCAUGUCCAAGCAGAUGACCAAGGCUGCUACCAAGUGCGAGAAGGAGCAGAAGUCGGAGCGCAACAAGGUGAAGAAGGCGAUCGAGAAGGGCAACCUGGAGGGCGCGCGCAUCUACGGCCAGAACGCGAUCCGGAAGAAGGAGGAGCAGCUCAACUGGCUGCGUCUAGGGUCGCAGCUGGAUGCGGUGUCGAGCCAGCUCGAGUCGCAGGCCAAGAUGAGCCAGGUCACGUCGUCGAUGAGGAACGUGGUGAGCAACCUGGACAAGAUCCUCAAGGCCACGCCGAUCGAGAAGGUCCAGAUGAACAUGGACAAGUUCGAGAACAUCUUCGAGACCCUGAACGUCCAGACCAACGCUGUCUCCGGCGCGUUCAAGAACCAGAUGGCGCUGUCGACGCCCGCCGACGAGGUGGACCAGCUGGUCCAGGAGGUGGCCACGGAGCACCAGCUGGAGCUCAACCUGUCGAUGCCCGACGCGCCGGCGAAGCAGGCCGAGGCCGCUCCCGCGCAGCGCAACGACGACCUGACGUCGCGCCUCGCCGCGCUGACCGGCCGCUGA